UGAUAAUUUUGGUUUCUUCCUGCAAACAAAAUUUUUACCAACGUAAAAUGUUUUAGAUAAAAUUAUUCUUUGAGUUUUAUUUUUUCAAGUUUUACUAUAUUUAACUUCUUAUUAUAUAAGUCAAACAAAUUUUAAAGCCAUGAAAUGCAAGUGGUUGGAGGUGCUACUUCUACUGAGUAUUUGCGUGGGUUCACAAUCUAGACCCGUUGUAGACAACAGUGAAAUACUCCAAGUAAUUAAAGAUAUAAGUAGCUUGGAUAGUUUAAUAAGUGAAAACGACGCUGCGGAUGAUAAUGAUGACGAUGAUGAAGAAGAGACUGAUAAAGAUAAUGUUAAUGUAAAAAUUCUCAAAGAUGCAAACUCUACAAAAAAAGCUCUUAUUCAUAACAUAACUGUUAAUAAAGAUUAUUCAGUUAAAAAUGAAAUAGCUAAGUCAGAUAAAGAAACUGAAGUGGACACUAUACCGGUUGGUCAGCGUUUGACUAGUGAACAAAAAAUUGAAAGUAAACCAAAUGCUGCUGAGGAAACUAAAAGUAGUCAUCCCGAAAAUAAAUCUCAAGAGACUACAAACGAAAAAGCUGUAGAAAAACUGGCAGAAAAAAAUUCCAGUCCAGAAAAAAAUGUAACUGCUACGGAUUCGUCCACAAUGAGAAACCAAAAAUCAAAAGAAAGUGAAAGUAACAAUAAAGGUAAAGAAUCUGAAUCAAAAGCAAAGAGUUUAAUUUCUAAAAAGGAAGAAAAAGCUGUGAGCUCUGAAGAUGAAGAAGACGACAACGAUGACGAAGAAGAAGAAAAAGAAAGUGAAGAAGUUGGUUCAGGAGCUGAUGAGGAUGUAGAAACAAAAUCAAACAUUGAAAAUACAAAAAAAUCAGAAAAUAAAACCCCUAAAGAGGAGUAUGAAACCCAAGAACAAUCUGAAUCUUCGUUUGUUGAACCCUCAUCUAUUGAAUCUUCAUCAGUUGAAAGUGAUGAAGUUGAACCAGAAGAACAAGAUGAUAAAGUCAAGAUGUUUUUUAUUUCUCCUUUUGAAAAAAGCAAAGACAAAGACUCUACAACAAGACAGGUUUUAACUUAUCCAGCCGUAAGUCAAGGUAGUUCUAUUCACCAUCACGGAAGCCCUUCGCAUGUUUGGAGUAGUGAUUAUCCUUACUUCGCGUAUGGCUACAGCUGGGGAUGUGGAAACCAUAUAAAUAGCGCAGAUCAUCAUGUUUUUAAAAAAUCUAAAUUAAAAAAUCAUAAAGAUAAUAAAAAGAGUGAUCUGCUAUGUCGUGACUAUAUGCUCCUUCCAGCAAUUACACCAGCUGCUAUUCGCGCUGUAGAAGAAAAAGAAGAAAAUGCAAAAACCAGGCAGAAUGUGAUUGCCAAGGACAUUGCAUGCUCUGAGGAUGAUACUGAUUGCACACAGCGUCAAGUUAUUGGAAACAUGGCAGGUGGAUCAUUAUUUGGGGAUGGAAUGGGAGGUCUUGGUAUGGGAUUUCCAGGUAUUGGUGGCAUUCAUACAGGUGUCAGUGGUUAUAACUUAGCAGGUGGGCUCGGACACAAUCAUGGUCAUGGUAUUGUUCAUGAGUAUGGACAUGGAGAUGGUCAUGGAAACGGACAUGGGUUUCCCCAUAGUCAUGAGUACCACCAUGGUUUUGAAGAAGGAAAUAGUGAAUUAGGAAAUGCAUACGGUGGAGGUUUUGGUGAUGGUUUAGAUAGUGGUGUUAAUGGAUAUAAUGAAGGCUUUGGGCAUUAUGCUGUGUCAAACAAAAAUGAUGCUUCAAGUGAAAAAGCAGAAAAAAAAGCAAAUGUAAAAAAUAAAAAACACACAGCUAAAAAGAAGCAUAUUGUUGGAACAUUAGAUGAUGAAAAUGAAUCAGGAUAUCAAGGAAUUAAUCAAUUUGGCGGAGAAUUUGGUAACACCGAAUUUGCAGGAAGUCACGGAUUAGGUAGCAGAAUUGUUUAUCCUCUAACCAACGGAAUAACAAACGGAGUUUAUGGUGAAAAUUCAAACGUUCUUGGUGUUGGCUUAAAAAACAAAAAUAUUCUGAAUACCGAUAUAUAUGCUCACCCCCUAAACAAUGCUCCAAGUUUUAAUUUAGCUGGUGGUCAUUUUGCUAGCAGCAACCUUGUUGGUGGCAAUUUAGCAAACUUUGGUGGUGUGAUUAACGAUCGCUUUAAUAACUUUGGAAGUGGAAAUAUGGUUAACGACGGUAGUUAUCCUUUAGGAACAUUCGAUGACGGGCGUAUGUAUAACAAUGAUGCUGAGUACGAACCUGAGUCUGGAAAUAUGGGUGACGGUGUUGGGCACCCUUACUAUCCAAAUAGUCACAUCGAAGAAAAUGAUGGAUACGGUCCUCCAAUUAUGGGGCCACCAUUAAGAAAUGCAUUUGGCUAUUCAAACUUAGAGCACAGUUUUCAGAAUAAUCCAGGUGCUAUGAAGAUGGGUUACGGUGGAAGUAUUGGGCAUAUUGGUGGACUUGAAGUAAAUGGUAUUCACUCUAAUUUUGCUUAUAAGUCAAAAAUAAAAAAGAAGAAAAAUAAAAAACAAGUGAGAGGAAAUGUUCGUCAAGAUAUUGCAAUGCCAGAUGAACAAGCAAUGAUGGAUGUCACUAAACAACGACAACUUAUUGGUUCUCUUGGUGCAAGCACAUUAUUUAGCGAUAACGUUGGGGGAAUGGGACUAGGCUAUCCAGGAAUACCUGGAAUGUCAUCUGGAAUUUCAGGUAUACCUGGAGAAUAUGGAGGAAAUGGAGGAUAUGGUCAAGGGUGGAGUGGUCAUGGUACUGGUUUACACCCUCAUGGUUAUAACAACUACGCAGAUGAAGAAGGACAUGGAGGAGAUUUCGGAAAUUUUGGAAACCAUGGCGAAGAAACAUCACAUGAAGGAGGUUAUGAUAGAUCAAUUUACAAAAAUAUUGAACAAGAAAAUCAACAAAGCCAUGAAGAAGCAUUAAGCCAAAAACGAGGUAUUAUCUAUUCUCCAGCGGAAAAACAAGAACGUAACAAUGCACAACUUAUUGCAUCAAACACUGUUGACAUUCCCGCUCAGGAUCUGGAUGACAUUAAAUACUUAACAAAUAUAGAUCGCAGACUACCGCGUUACGUCAGCCAUUUACCUAAUCAACUCUCAGAUGAAAACUUUAAUGACAUACAGCAUUUGACAAGGUACAAUAGUAAUUCGGACCACGGUGACCUUAACUAUUAUCAACCACGACACGUACAUAUUGGCGUUGGAACACCAAAUGUAAAAGUUGAAGUAGAAACAAGUAAAUCAGAGAUAGCUCAUAACCCUAGUGUGCAUGUUUCAUUUCAAAAAAUGAGUGAAAUAAAAAAGUUGGUUCAUGAAGUAUCUGAUUCUUUAAAAAGAACAAACAUCAAGCUAAAUGCCCUAAAAAAAGGGCACACACCUAAUUCAGUUGGUGGAAAAAGACAAAUUACACCAGCAUUUACACCAGUUGUUGCUGAGCCAGUUGGCGUACCUGAUAUGCGAUAUCCAGUUCCAGCAGCAGACAGAUAUCCACUAGGAGCAGGAUAUAUUUGGCCAUCAAGAAACUAUGGACUUCAUCAUCAUGGAGGUCCAGGUCAUAUGACAUGGAGCAAAUCUCACACUCCAAAAGCCAUAAAGAAAAGUAACGAGAACGAGGAAAAAGAUGAGAAAACCUCUAUAAAAAGUGUAAAAGAAAAAAACAAAAAACAAAAACACAAAUCAGGCAAACAUCGACGCUCGGUUUCUUCUAAAACAAAAAAGCAUGAAAGAGUUGGAACAAAAAGACAGUUUCUUGAGCAUCCAAUGAGUUUCCCACAUGGUAACGGUUUUCCAUAUCACACAAAUUCUCCAGGUUAUGGGUUUGGCAUGGGCUACCCAAUUCGAAGUGCAGGAUUUAUUGGACAUGGUGGUAUGGGAGGUUAUGGUGUAGGUCAUUUUGGUCAUCGAUAUGGAGGACACAUGAUGAGAGGAAUGGGAGGGUUUCAUAAUGGCGGUUAUAACGGAUAUGGAGGUCAUUCUUUAGUUAUUCAUAACCCUGUUCACAUGAUGGCUUAUGGCGGAAAUGGUUAUAAUGGAGUUAAUGGAUACGGAAGAGAAGGAAGUGGAUUUGGAAGAGAAGGAAAUUCUAUGAUGGACAACAUGCCAAUACAUUCUACUCAAUUUUCUGGUUUAUCACAUUCUGGUGAAGGAUUUGAGGGUCAUCAUAUUGGUAUGAAUGGAGGCUACUACCCAAGUCUACAUGGUUUUGGUGGUGUUAGUGGUAUUGAUGGGGGUCAUUCUAUUGGUGGUGAUUCUUUUAUCAACCCUCCAUCAAGUCACGGAUCAGGUGAAGGUUAUGGAUUCCAAAAUGGAGGAAUUAAUGGUGGAGUAGGAAUGGGAGGAAUAGGUGGUUUUGGGAGUGCACAUCAAAGUUAUCCUUCUGGAUUAGGAGGAAAUUUAUACAAUAACUUUGCUGGUUUUAAUGGAUUUAAUGAUUUUAAUCAUGAUCAUAACGAACUUCCAAGCCAUGGAUCUGGUAUAGGCUUAGAUCCUGGUAUGUCAACUAUGGGUGGUGAUGUUAUGCACUCAAUUGGAAUGGGUCAUCCAAUUGGAUUAGCAGUGUCUCAAGGUGUUCCAGGAGGAAAUGCAGGGUUAAAUUUAUUAGGAGGAGCAGGAGAAGUAGGAGGACCUAUUAGCGGAAUGCCAGGAACAGAUUUACCAGGAGGACUAGGAGGUGUAUCACCAUACGGAGACCAUGGUAAUGAUCAAGGGGGAUUUCCUGGAGGAGAAGGUGGUUUACCAGGAUUCGGAAGACAGAAUAUUGAAACAAUGAGACAAAAUGACCAAUCAUCUAGUGAUUCUAAUGGAUAUUAUCCUGGAAUGGGACACGCAGAUAAUCAAGAACAAAUGAACGGACCAACAAUGGCUGAUUCCAGAUCUUCGAUGUUUUUUCCCUUGAAAGAGGCAAUGACAACAUAUGGAUCUGAUCUACGAGCUAUGGAUUACCCAGGUGCUAGCAAAAAAUCUGAAGUACCUCUUCAAAAGAAAAAAAGAAAAAAUAAAGAGUAAAUUGAAAAACAGAUGAUGUUAAACCAGCCUCCGUCUUUUCGUAUUGGCAAAAAAAGAAAUAAAAAAUUGAUUUUAUGAUGGUAAAGACAACCGUUUGACCAUUGACAAUUUUGAUUAAUAAUUGAUCUUCGAAAAUGGAUGAAAACUUUUAAUUUUUAGAAACUAUUUGUUCACUAAUUUUUCUUCAGUCUUUUGUUUUAAAAAGAUUGCUAUAGAUAGAAUUUUAGCGCAUGACACGAUAGUCUGGUCUGGAAAAAAUAUAUAUAUAUAUAUAAUUUUUAUCGUUUAAAGUCUUGAAGUAAUACUGAGUUCCAAAAAAACCAAAGAAAAUCAAUGACAGUAAGAUUGUCGGCUAAAUAUGGAAUCACAUUUGUUUUUUAAAAAGCUAUAUUUAUUACGUAAACAAAACGUAAUUUUUGUAUACGUAUUCUUGUUAUGUUUUCUUGUUUCUUGUUAUCGUUAUUUGUUUUAACAUUGAAAUUAGACUUUUAUUUUUGACGUAUUCUGUUUGUAAUUUUGUGGAAAAAUUGUAAAACUAUAUUUUCAUGUAAAACAGAAGAUUCUUAAGUACUUUGUUAUAUGUACAUCUAAAAAAAAAAAUAAACAAA